GCAAUCGUUGCAAACAUGGUGUGCAAGAAAUGUGAGAAGAAAUUGUCCAAAGUCGCCGCACCUGACCCGUUCACGUCAUCGUCGGACAGUAUCAAGGCGGGCUCUCGCAAGGUCGGUGAGAUGAAGCUUUCAAAGAAGACGAGGUUCUCGCCGUACCAAGGGAAGUGCAAAGACUGCAAGCAGCCCACAACGCAGAACAAUGCGAAGUACUGUCACGGCUGCGCGUACAAGAAAGGUGCUUGCGCAAUAUGUGGAAAGGCCGUCCUGGACACGAGCAGCUACGUGAUGUCGAGCAAGUGAUGUCGGCUUUGUCGUUCUUGGAAUACGAUGUGCGAGAGAAGCAGGUGUUAUUUCGGGUUUCAUAUAGGUCAUACGGACCGAGACUCGGGUUUGCGUGUGAUAUAGAAUGUGGCGUUGUAUGGCAAUCGGCUGGUCCGAAGGGAGAAGUCCAUCAGUCGAGUGUUCACGAUGCCGACUCACCAUCGCACGUCCGUUAGCCCAGUUUCCUUGGGAUGGGCAGAAUGGACAUUAAUGGAUUUCUCCACAGCCAAUAUCUCGACUUCAAUCGUUCUUGUAAUCUAUAAUGUACGUGUAUGUUAUCUAUACAACAUGUAAUUGAAGUGCGAAAACAAUAUUU